CUAUGAUUAGAUUUUACACAACACAAAAACCCUAACAAUCCCUAAUUCUCCAGUCUCCGUCUUCUUCUUCAUUUCACAGUCAUCUUCUUCAUCUAAAACCCUAAGAAAACAACAAUGGCGUUACUCUCUCGAAUCCGUUCAUCAACAUCUCUCUUCCGUCACCUCAACGCAUCACCACAAAUCCGAUCACUCUCCUCGGCUUCAACAAUCCUCUCACCAGAUUCAAAAACUCCUCUCACAAGCAAAGAAAAAAGCAAAGCAGCUCUCUCUCUUCUCAAAUCCGAGAAAGAUCCAGAUCGUAUCCUCGAAAUCUGCCGUGCAGCUUCUCUUACUCCAGAUUGCCGCAUAGAUCGAAUCGCUUUCUCCGCCGCCGUCGAGAAUCUCGCCGAGAAGAAACAUUUCUCCGCUGUAUCGAAUCUCCUCGACGGAUUCAUCGAAAACAGACCAGAUCUCAAAUCGGAACGUUUUGCUGCUCACGCCAUUGUUUUGUAUGCUCAAGCUAAUAUGCUUGAUCACUCUUUAAGAGUUUUUCGUGAUCUCGAGAAAUUCGAAAUCUCUCGUACGGUGAAGUCUUUAAACGCGCUUCUCUUUGCUUGUUUAGUAGCUAAGGAUUACAAAGAAGCUAAAAGAGUUUACAUUGAGAUGCCUAAGAUGUAUGGAAUUGAACCUGAUCUCGAGACUUAUAAUCGUAUGAUCAAAGUGUUUUGUGAAUCCGGUUCAGCGAGUUCGUCGUACUCCAUUGUUGCGGAGAUGGAGAGGAAAGGGAUAAAGCCGAAUAGUUCAAGCUUUGGUUUGAUGAUUUCUGGGUUUUAUGCAGAGGAUAAGAGUGAUGAAGUAGGGAAAGUGUUGGCGAUGAUGAAAGAUCGUGGUGUUAAUAUCGGUGUUUCGACUUAUAACAUUAGGAUUCAGAGUUUGUGUAAGAGGAAGAAAUCUAAGGAAGCGAAGGCUUUGCUUGAUGGGAUGUUAUCUGCAGGGAUGAAACCGAAUACGGUAACGUAUAGCCAUUUGAUUCACGGGUUUUGUAAUGAAGAUGAUUUCGAGGAAGCGAAGAAGUUGUUUAAGAUUAUGGUGAACAGAGGAUGUAAGCCUGAUAGUGAGUGUUACUUCACUCUUAUAUAUUACUUAUGCAAAGGAGGAGACUUUGAGACGGCUUUGAGUCUUUGUAAAGAGAGUAUGGAGAAGAAUUGGGUUCCGAGUUUUAGUAUCAUGAAGUCGCUUGUUAACGGACUAGCUAAGGAUUCGAAAGUCGAAGAAGCAAAGGAGCUUAUUGGGCAAGUGAAAGAGAAGUUCACUAGAAACGUUGAGUUGUGGAACGAAGUCGAAGCCGCAUUACCGCAAUGAAUCAAAAGAUAGUUCCCGAGAUCGGUAUUUUCAAAAUUUUACGAAUUUUCUCUCUUCAUUUGUCAGCAAUGAAAUAAGUUUAUAUCUUCUUAGAAGAUAGUAAUCUUUUGCUCAUCAUGGUAGCUAUAGAUUAAUGGUUUAUCUUGUUAGUUUUUGGAUUUGGAAUCAGAGAGAUGUUGAGCAGUUUAUCUGUAAGAUUUGGUCAAAGCAUUGUAGCAAUGUUAAGUGUCUUCCUAUGUUUAUAUUAUAUAGUAUGAUGACUAUAUAAUAUAGAAAGAAGUUUAAUGUUUACAUGCUUACCACGAACUAAUGUGUUUUGGAGUAAAGAUUUGAUUGGAAGUUUGUUAAAAGAGAGAGACGCGUUGGCUUAUUCAC